GCGGCUGCUGCUCUCAGCCGCGGCUUAAUAGUUGUCAGGAUCUCAAGGCUCACUGUCAGAGGGAUGUGGAGGUGAUGGGGAUCUGGGGAGGGUUUCUUGGAGCUUCUGUGCAGUCCCUGGCCCAGACCUCAUAGUGAAGACUACAGGAUCUUCCUUCCAAGGACCUCCAGCAUCUCUGGUUGAGCUUCGGACCCCUGGAAAGAGUGGAGCUGUCAGCAAGGGAGCCUGAGGGAACAUGCCGGCAAACCAGAGCACGCCAGGGGACAUGAGGGGAUGUGGCAACUCCUGUGAGGUGUCAGUGUCAUUCGAGGAUGUGACUGUGGCCUUCAGCAGGGAGGAGUGGCAGCAGCUGGACUCCACUCAGAGGUGCCUAUACCGGGAUGUGAUGCUGGAGAACUACAGCCACCUGCUCUCAGUGGGAUAUGAAAUUCCCAAACCAGAGGUGAUCUUCAAGUUGGAGAGAGGAGAGGAGCCAUGGAUGUUGGAGAGGGAAAUCCCACAUCAGAGCUGUUCAGAUGGGAAGUUUGGGAUUAAAACAUCACCUAGAAGAAUUUCUGGAAUAGCUACAUUUCCUAGUGAAAUGGAGGCUGAAAAUACAAGAGAUGACUCCUUGUAUUCUAUUUUGGAAGAACUGUGGCAAGAUGCUAAACAGAUGAAAAAAUAUCAGGAACAACAGAACAAACAUCUGAGUCAUACUUCUUUAAUUAAUAAGAGAAUAUUGAAUACAGAGUGGAAUUAUGAAUAUAAAGACAGUGGAAAAUAUGUUCAUCAAAGCUCAAACCCCAUUCCUUCACAGAAAAGACCCCAUAAACAUAACUCAUUUGGAAAGAGUUUUAAUUUAGACUUACAUAUUCGUAGUAAAAAUGGUGCAGCAGAUAACUUUGAUAAAAUAAUUGGGCAAGGACAAGUUUUCACCCAGAGCUCUUCUUAUGGUAACCAUGAAAAUACAUACACAGGAGUAAAAUUCUGUGAAGGUAACCAGUGUGGAAAAGUUCUCAGCCUCAAACAAGCACUCAGUCACAAUCUGCAAUUUCCUGUUGAGGAAAAAGCAAAUACAUGUGCUGAAUUUGAGAAAAUCUUUACCCAGAAGCCACACCUCUUUGCACCUCAGAGAACUCAUACUAUGGAAAAACCUCAUGAACUUAGCAAAUGUGUAAAUGUUUUUACACAGAAGCCACUACUCAGUAUAUAUCUGAGAGUUCACAGAGAUGAAAAAUUAUAUGUAUGUACUGAAUGUGGAAAGGCAUUUAUCCAGAAUUCAGAAUUAAUUGUGCAUGAGAAAACUCAUACUAGAGAAAAACCCUAUAAGUGCAGUGAAUGUGGCAAAUCAUUUUUCCAAGUGGCAUCUCUGCUUAGGCAUCAGACAACUCAUACAGGAGAGAAACUCUAUGAAUGCAGUGAAUGUGGGAAAGGCUUCUCCCUGAACUCAGCCCUCAACAUCCAUCAGAAAAUCCAUACUGGAGAGAGACACCACAAAUGCAAUGAGUGUGGGAAAGCCUUUACCCAAAAAUCAACACUUAGGAUGCAUCAGAGAAUUCAUACGGGAGAGAGAGCCUACAUAUGUACUGAGUGUGGGCAGGCCUUCAUACAGAAGGCACACCUGAUUGCGCAUCAGAGGAUACAUACUGGAGAGAAACCUUAUGAAUGCAGUGACUGUGGAAAGUCUUUCCCUUCUAAGUCACAACUCCAGAUGCAUAAGCGAAUUCACACAGGAGAGAAACCCUAUAUAUGCACUGAAUGUGGAAAGGCCUUCACCAACAGGUCAAAUCUCAAUACUCACCAGAAAUCCCAUACUGGAGAGAAGUCUUAUAUAUGUGCUGAAUGUGGGAAGGCCUUUACUGACAGGUCAAAUUUCAAUAAACACCAGACAAUUCACACUGGAGAGAAACCCUAUGUCUGUGCUGAGUGUGGGAGGGCCUUCAUCCAGAAGUCAGAGUUAAUUACACAUCAGAGAAUUCAUACUACAGAGAAGCCUUAUAAAUGUCCUGACUGUGAGAAAUCCUUCUCCAAGAAACCACAUCUCAAAGUGCAUCAGCGAAUUCACACAGGAGAGAAACCAUAUAUAUGUGCAGAAUGUGGGAAAGCCUUCACUGAUAGAUCAAAUUUCAAUAAACACCAGACGAUUCACACUGGAGACAAACCCUAUAAAUGCAGCGACUGUGGAAAGGGCUUCACUCAGAAAUCAGUUCUUAGUAUGCAUCGCAAUAUUCAUACAUGAAAGAAACAUAUCCUGUUUCUUGAAAAUAAGAAAGCCUUAUCACAGAAGUCAGGUCUAAGUGUAUAUUAUAAAUCCAUCCAAGGCAGGUUCUGUAUGAAUACACUGUUUAAGAAAAAGGAUUUAUCAGGCUACCUCACCUGAGAUGAAAAAAUUAUUUGGAAGAGACCCUCUAAGAAAGCAUUGCAUGAGAAGGAAUCCCCAUGUUUGCUUGGCCUCAUAAAUUAUAAUAGAAUUCAUACUGGGAGAAAUGCUGUCAAUUUGAUGGCAUUAGGAAAAGCCUUCCUAUAGAAAGUAUUAUAAGGCAAAUGGUCACCAAAUUCUUUAUAAGAUGAAGGGUGCAAGAUUAUGUAAAUGAUGGUCCUGUUUAAUGUGUUAUAUUAAGCAAUUUAAAGUGAUGACAAAAUGAAAAGUGGAACAAGAUAGUAUAUUUGUUUGUAGACCUGCUCUCAGUUCUGUAAGGCAGUGUGUUUGGGCAGAACAUACUGCACAGUAAUAGGAAUAACUGAAUUGAACUUCUUUUUUUGAAUUCAAUAUAAUUGUGUAUCAAAUUUUCCUGCUGAAUACUCCUCUCACGCGAAUUCACAGUUUUGAAGUCAUUAUGGUUAUAUAUAUAUGUACACCUGCUGAUAUAAUUUCACAUGAACACAUAAAUAUAAUCCUAUCACUCAUAGUGGUUUCCAUGACAUGGUAUUUUUAUCUGCUUACCUUGUGGUACAGUACAAAAUAGCCAUAGAUUCCUGCCAUCAUUUUCUGAUCACCCUCUUGAAAUGUUAUUUGGUUGUUUCUCUUACUAAGAGGUAGAGUCUUUCUGUCCUCUUUGACUCUGAGUUAGGCCAGUGUACCUUAGCCAAGAGAUUCCAAACGAGUCUGGAGAAGUGUGAAAAGCCUGCCUUGAAGUUUACCCUCUCCUGCUGCUCUUUGGAAUUAUGAGACCUUCAUGUAAAGAAACUCACAUUACCCAACUAUGGGAUGAAAAACCAUAUGGAGCAAAGAUGAGGCAACCUGGCUGAGGCCCCUUAAACCAAUUGCACUUAGGAAUGAGGCCUUCCUUGACCCCCAGCACUGGCUAAGCCAGCCCAGCCCAGAAGAAUCACACCAGUUAUCCCAACCAACUUGGAGAAAUGUGAGAUAAAUAAAAUGAUUAUUGUUUUAAGCUACUAAAUUUGCUGAGUAAUACCUUAAAAUGUAUGCAUGUGGGGGGUGUUGUAUCAAAACAUAAAUGGUGGCAUUGGCAUUGGGCCUGGACAGUAGGUGGAGACUGGAAAAACAGAGGAUUACUCUUAAGAACAGCUGGAAAAGAUGGCAACCCAGGUUAUUUUGUGAGGAAGAAAAUAGCAAGACAGUCACCGUGAUCUGUGGGAAGAUAAUGUACUAAGUGAACUUAUGGAACAGGCUAAGGGGAAUUCCAGAGGAAUGUUAGAUGUGCCGUUUUGCUGCUUUUAGAUGCAUGUGAUAAGGUACAGAAAAUGAAACAUAAACGAAAGUCAAACCUGUGCCAUUUGCAAGCUGAAUUCAAAAGAACAAAAAUGCCGGGAUUUGAUAGGGUGGAAAAUAAAUGUUUCACAUUUCCAGUCUUUCCAGCAAUCAGAAAUAUUUUCAAAGUGAAAAAUGGCCUCUGGAGUAAAGAUCAAAUCACUGUGGGGCUAUAGGACCCUUUGUUAAAAUGCCUGAAAUAUUUAAGUUGUUGCUUGGGAAAAGCUAAGUGGCUUCUAGAAACUUUUUGACAUUAUCCCAGUAGCCUGACACUGCUCAAAGUAGAGAGUGACCUGUCUUAUAAAGAAUUGUCAAUGUGGCGUUUGUGGCUUGGAGUAGAUACAAACCAGAUUCAUACAAAACCUGUAAAGUUUUUAACAGUUUUUACUAGUGAAAAAAAUUACCUGCACGUUGGACUUAAAAGGGCUGAAAUAAUUGAAAAUGAAAAAUGGCCUCUAAACUCUCCUUUCUAACUUCUGUGAACAGAAAGCAAGUUGAGAAAGUUUCUCAGCUGCAAACACUGGCCAUUUCUUAUGGGAAAAGAAGGACGUCUCAGAAAGAAGACCAAGAACAACUAGUCAUUAAAAUGGAUUGUGGAGCCAUUUCCAGGUAGAACUGUGACCUAUUAUAUAUUAUCUGCCCUAGGAGCAGGGAGAGCUGACAGCAUUUGUUCUAUGGGAUUUCAAAAUUGUUACGGAACAGUGACUUAUAUGUGUGUCUUCUUCCUCCUGCUUUUCAAUGGGGGUAUUACAGUUAUUUUGUCUUCUCUCCCCAGUGUGUGUGUGUGUGUGUCUGUGUGUCUGUGUGUCUGUGUGUGUGUGUGUGUUGUGGUGGGGGUGUCAUGUAACUUGUCACUUAGCUCACAGUUCUCUGGAUCAAGAAACUCUGAAACUGUACCCAAGGAACAUCAGCCAUGUCUGAACCUGAUACAGAAGACUUGAGGUUCUGGAUUUAAACUUGUUGACAUAAUUUGGGAUGAGACAUUUGUAGGUCUUAUAAUGGGGGUGAACAUAUUUGCAUGAUGUGGUUACGUAAAUAAUUUAUGAUCAGAAAAUUGAUUAUAUUGCAUAGAGAAAUGUUACAUAUUUCUCCCAUCCCUUUUCAAUCUUUAUUUCUAUUUGUAUUUCAAACCCAACCUCAAGUUCACUGAUCCUUACGCCCCACCCUGGCUCUGUUAGGUCUACCUUUGCACCUGUUGGAGGCAUUCUUCACUUCAGAUUAUUUUUUAUUUUUGGUAUUUACACUUGACCCUUCCGGUUUUCAUUUUUCUCCUGAAAUUCCCCCCAUUGUUUCAAGCCUAUUGUUCACAUUUUCCACUGCACCCUUUGAAUGAAUCAGUGUUAUUUUAAGUUCCCUGUAUGAUAGUUAACAACAUCUAGGUCAGCUGAAUCUGGGUCUGUUGAUUGCGUUGUCUCUUGACAAUGGAUUGUUUUCUCUUGCUGUUUACAUCUAAUUUUUGGCAGAAUAUCAGAUUUUGUAUGUAGGACAGGAGAAACUGAGGUAAAUAUUCCUGGAAAUAGACGUGGCUGAUCUGAUAGGUCACUGAUGUGGGGCACUGAGUCUAUCUAGUUAGGAUUUGGACUGAGUUUGGGCUUUGUUGUUGCUAUGGUUACCCUCCGUGUCCACUACACUUCAAAUUUCUCUAGUAAUUGUUCUGGUUUGCAGAGAAUUUGUCUCACUGUUCCUGCAUAUCGCCCUUGCCUCUAGGCCUUUCCUGGGUGCCUGCCUCCCAGGGAGGACUCUUUCCAUAGUAGUAGACUGCUGUGACUGGGUCUUAGUGACCUGAUGAGUGGAGGCAGGAGUUUUAGGUUUUAGGGAGAUCCUAUAUCCCUGGGUGCUGAGAGGGAGGCUUUUACAGUGCUCUUGUCUCUCCCACACUGGCAGAAGGCUCUUAAUGGUCUGGGUCCAUGACAGUUUCCUGUCCUUCCCCCAUGAAUAGAAGAUUUUUUCCUUUUCCCUUCCUUUAGCCACAGUGAAUCUUUACCUGUGUUGGGGCAGGGUGGGGGAAGCGGGCUCAGUAGCCUUUGCCACAUUUCCCCUAGUAGUUUGAGGCUUUUGUUCUGUGAGGGGGUAGGGUCCCACUCACCUGCCCCCUUCAGACCUAUACCUUUAAGAGAGGCUUCCUUCAGUUUCCUGACUUUCUCCCAGUGUUUCUUGUGAGCACCCUGUCUCUCAAGGUAUUUAGAGAAGAGCCUGCAAGUGGGAACCAACUACUCUGAGGUCUCUAUCUCUUGGGGGCUCUAUAGUCUCACAAUAUCACAUAGUCAGCCUUUAGAAGUUCAUUAAAAAUUCUUGCUGAAUUCUUACUGCUGGUAUGGUGAGCCCAUCUUCCCGCUCUGCCAGAGGUGACCCAGUGCUAGCUUCCUAUCUCCUUUGAGGCACUUGCCGCAUGUAUCAAACUAGUUGGUUGCCCUGCGAUCUCUGAUGGGUUCAAAAAAUGUUUAUGAUUUUGUAGAUUACCCAGAUUUUUUCUUGUUAUAAGAAUAAGAGCUAUGUUCUUUCCAGAUAUCUACACCUAGACAGAAGCCAAAAGUUUGGAUGGUCUCCUUUGGCUGCUGCCAUCAGAAUAUAUGCCCACUUUCAAUGUGACUUUGCCACUUCACUAAUCAAGAAGUAGAGUCCAUUUCUCCAACCCUUGAAACGGGAUUUGGCUCUUUCUUUAACUGAUGGGACGUUAGCAAAUAUGACAGGAGCAGAGACUUGAGAAGUGCUUUACCCAUUCUUUCUGCUCCUGCUGUGUAAAAAAUCCUAACGUGUAUCCUAAUGUGUAAAAAAAUCCUGUGUUGUGCUAACAUAUGAUAAGAGACUACAUGGAACAAUGAUGAAGCAGAAUCAUCCCAGUUGAAGCAUACCCUAGACCCACCAGAUUUUCAACUGUCAGAUGUGAAUGAAGCCAUCGUAGUCAUCCAACCCUGGUCAAGCCAACCGUGGCCAGCAGUAUUUAGCAAUACACCAGCCCCAACUAGAACAGCUCUCCCAUUGGUUGCAUUCACCCAGACAACUCAAUUAUGGAUUUAAAAAAUGUUUAUUGAUUUAUUCCUCUAAAAUUUGGGUGCCGUGUUACCCAGAAAGAAUUAACUAACACAUUUAUUCACUGAAUUUACUCCUCUACUAUUCAUCCCCAACAGGUAACCAAUAGAGUUGCCCUUCAGGGUCAUUGGUUCCAGGAUGACCAUAGAUAACAAAAUCUGUGACACACAAGUCCCUUAUAUAAAGUGGUAUAAUAUUUGUGUAUAACUUACACACAUCCUCCCAUGUACUGUAAAUUACCUCUAGAUUAUAAUACCUAAUACAAUGUAAAUUCUAUGUAAAUAGUUGUUGUACUGUGUUUAGGGAAUAACAAGAAAAAAGCUUGUGCAUGUUCAAAGAUAUAACCAUCACAGGCCUAACGACACAGUAUUUGUUUUCAAUCAGCAGUUGGUUGAAUCUGUCGUUUCAAAAUCUGCAGAUACAGAGGGCAACUGUACUGAUCAACUAUUAUGAACACUUUCACGCUUUACUCUGUGCUUAUAAGUAUAUAUAGGCAUGCAUAUAUUACAAUGCUUGUAAUCAUAUAGAAGCUCCAUAGAAUUUUCUUCUUUAAUAUCCAAGUAUGGGAUCAUGUCAUACAACCAUCUCUGCAUCUUGCUUUAUUACUCAACAAUAACUUGAAUAACUGCAUGAUAGUGCCUAGGAUGGAUAGACAAUAAUUUAGUUAGCCAUUUGCAUAUUAAAAUUUAUUCACGUACCCCUCAAGGUUUUUGUCAUUGGGAGCAAUGCUGUUAAAAAUAUUACAAAACAAUGUGCAUAAUGAUUAAGUAGAUAUUUUCAAGAACCAGUGUGUUGGGGUGUAAAUCCUGGUUCUGUCAGUCACUAGCCAUGUAACCUUGGGUAGGUUAGUUAACCUCUGACCCAGUUUCUUCAGCUGUGAACACACUAGGGCCUAGCUCAUAGAUUUGGCAUGAAAAAUGUAUGAGCUGCCUGGGGCUGAGUAAAUGAGUGGCUUAAAGCAACAGAAAUAUAUUGGCUCACCCUUCUGGAGGCAAGAGGUCUGAGGUCAAAUCGUGAGCAGGGCCACAUGCCCUCUGAAGGCACUAGAAAGGAAACUAUUCCAUUCCUCUCCUAGUUUCUGGUAGCCUCAGGGAUUCCUUGCCUUGUAGAUAGAGGCGUUACUCCAGUCACAGGAUUUUUUUUUCUCGCUUGUGUCUUCACAUUGUAUUCCCGCUGCAUGUUUAUCUGUAUCCAAAAUGCCCCUUUUUAUAAGGACACUAGUCACAUUGGAUUAGGCACACCCAAGUGGCCCAUUUUAACUUGGUUAUGUCUGCAAAGACUAUUUCCAAAUAAGUUCCCAUUCUGAGGUACUGAGGCUUAGGAUUUCAACCUAUCUCUUUGCAGAUAUGAAGGAAAUCUAUGCAUAUUUCCAUGUAAGCACUCAGAAUUAUGCAUAAAGAGAAGUUCUUGAUGAAUAUUAGAUACACCCCCACUUCCUGAGCAUUCCAAGGUCCCCCUGUGCUGGGGUGGAAUUUGAGAGCUUGUCUUUGAUAUCUUAGUUUCAUCCAACUGCCUAAAAUAAAGGAAUGAAGUAACUGGAAAAGCAAGUCCAGGGUCAAGGCUUGAUAUAUCAACAUUUGAGGACCAAGUUAAGAAGAUUUUAUCUAUAGAGAACAGUGGGAUGGAGAAGCCAGAGAGGUAAAAACAUACCAAGUAAGCAAGGGGCUCAUAGAAGACAGAGCUUCCAAUUUCCCAAAGAGGAAACUCCUGGGAAAUAGACUCCUUCUAGAAGUCAGUUCAUAUGAGGAUGGGAAAAUCGGUCUUGAAUUUUGUGAGGAGGUCAUUGGUGACUCUGGUGAGUGUAAAUCUGAAGGAAUUUCUGAACUCAGAUAAUGUUACUUCACCACAAAACUUUUCCAAUAGUAAGUAUAAUAGCUCAUCGGGCUCUCUUGCGCUAUUGUAUGGAUUAUACUGAGAAAUACAUUUUCAAGAGUCCUGUUUGACUCCGGGUUACAGGUGACCAAAAGUAGAAAUUGCAUGAGAUUUGAGGGUCAAAGUAAAGGUGCAACCGUGACGCUAAAGGUUUAAGACUAGAUACGAUGAAGGGCGGACACAGGCACCCGGAGGUUGCGGUUCUUCCUCCCUCUCCUCCAUGCUUUAUUCAGCCCUUUUUUGCAUCUCCCUGCCCAGCUGCUCAGUGACCACCUGAGGCUAAGCUGCAGGCUCACAAGGCAACAGCUCUUCUAGACUCUCCAUCAGCUCCCCUGGCCUAGUCUCACCUCAGCAGCUGGGUGUGACUGGCUACUCAGGUUUCUGGGAGAAUGACUUUUGUCCCCAUGCCAGUAUAUCAAAGGGGAUAGUCUAGUGACUUCUGCAGUCUGUCAAGUCUUUCCAUGUCUUCACUUCCCUGGCUCCUCCGAUAAUUGUACAUGGUCUAAUGAAUAUAAAAAGUUCCUUUUUCUAUAAUACCCAUAGUGAAUAUACUUCCUGGCUUGAACCCUAAUUGUUACAUUACAUUUUCUUUUCCUGAGAAAUUGGUAAACUUUGCUCUUCUAAAAUCGAGUCCUUCCAUUGAGAAAUCUUAGACUAAUCUGCUCUUAUUUCUUGUGCCUUCCUUGUAAUUCUUUUUUAAAAAGAUUUAUUUAUUUAUGCAUACAAAAGCUGGGGCACAGGCCAGAGGUCUGGGGGGGUGAGAGGAUUCACCAGAGACAGAGUGGGGAACAGAACAGGCAGAUUGACCGAAGUACACUGCUGAGGGGAGCAGUGGGCGAGUCAGAAGAGGUCUGCUGCGCCAUGUGGGUAGCUCCCUGGCAGGGCCGGGGAUCAAACUCAUGCUGCAGAGGCUGCGGAAAGCUUCAUAGGUUGCGCCUUAACCCCUUGCACCACCAGGGAGGUCCCAUGUAAUUCUUUUUUAUGCUUGAAGUUAGAGCUCUUGUUUUAAUUGGCUGCUUUCUUUCAGCAUAAGUAUUUUUGUGAUUCAUUUGUGUUGUUACAUGUAUCUAUAUCCAUUUAUUUUUAUUGCUAAGCGGUAUUUCAUUGUAUAGAUACACCAAAUUUAUUCAUUCAUGUAGAAUGAAUUGGUAGAAAUAUGUGUUGUUUCUUGUUUAUGGAUAUGAAAAAUAAAACAAUGUGAGCAUUUGUGUA